GCUUGAUUCAUCCAUUCCAAAAACUUCAAGUUUUCUACAUAUUUAUUUAUUUCUAUUUAGUCACAAGCUCUCAGCAUGGGAUGUGCUUACCUAAAUGUAUCAUCACUUCCAUCUACGAGCAUAACCCAGUCCUUGUCAUACUCGCAUCAUAGCGCAAGAUUGACGAACCGAGAUGCUGGGACUUAGACCCCAGAGAGAGAUGCCGAUCCAAAUACGAUUGCAUGUGCUAUCAGCGAGCGUCAUUAGUGCGAUCAACCGAGGGCGCAAUCGGAGGGCAUCACGAUGAUCAAAACAUCAAUCGCAGUUUGUUAUGUAAGCUUCUGCAGGCUAGCGUUUCCUUCUCGACGCGCUGCGGUGUCUUUGCUCGAGCUUUCCUAAACAGACGCGCAAAAUCAGGGCAUGGACAGUGUCCUGCGACUGCAUUCUCUUCAGGUCCCUUCGAUGCAUCAGGUCCUCCAGGGCGUGGUCGCGUCUCAUCAUAACAUGUACUCAGAAGAAGCAGAUGCGGACCAUAUGGUAGAUGGUGGCUGUAACCGUCUAGCUUCCAUGGGCCGUUUCGCCAACGGGCGGAUGGAUGGCAUGUUAUAAAGCACCGGUAUUGGGAAUACCUGACCGACGACGCCCAUCACCGGCAUAGUUCCUGCACUUCGCUCCGCCAGCAACGGACACAAAGCAUGUCCCUCUACUCCUCCUCCUCCUCGACCGGCGGCAUCAUCUACACCUCCCCCGCCCCGUCGGUCCCUGUCGUGAGCACCUCAGUGUUCACGCACAUCCUCUCGCUGGACGCCAGGACCGGGGAUGUCGGUGGAUUCCCCGGCGCGAAGCCCGCGUUCAUCGAUGCGGACACCGGGACGACUGUCACGCGCGUGCAGCUGAGGCAGCUGGCGCUCGAGUUUGCCUUUGGGAUGCGCACGAGGGCCGGAGCGCGACGCGACGACGUGGUGAUGAUAUACAGCCCCAACGCGCUGGCCUGGCCAGUGGUGUUAUUUGGAUCUGUCGCUGCGGGGCUGCGCUGUACGCUGGCUAACAGCGCGUAUCUCCCGCGCGAGCUGGUGCACCAGUACACGGACAGCGGCGCGGGCCUGGUCGUGACGCACGAGGCGGGGCUGGCUGCUAUUCGCGAGAUGUUUGCGAUGCUCGGUGUUUCCAAGGCAGAGGGCGACCGACGGACAAUCUUGCUGACACGAGAUCUGACGUGGGCAGGCGGACCCUCGGCAUCUGUCUCUGAAGACGCCGCAGCGCUGGUGAAGAUGGGUGAUCUGUUAGGACUGGGAUCUUUGAUCGAGGAGGAGAAAUUCGACGGGGAAAAGCUGGCCACAGAGACCGUAUUUCUUUGUUAUAGCUCUGGGACGACGGGAAAACCCAAAGGGGUGGAGACUACGCACCAGAACGUUACAGUCUUCGCCGAUCUCCUGAGAAGUCAGCUGCCACCACUCUCAGUGGGAAAGGAAGCUGUUUUGGGUAUUCUUCCAUUGUACCACAUCUAUGGUCUCAUGCAAAUCCUGCACAUACCUUUCACCUUGGGAUGGACCACCAUUCUGCAAGGGGCAUUCGAUCCAGUCAACUUUUGUCGGAUCAUACAACAAUAUGCCAUCAGCUUCGCUUAUGUUGUGCCACCGAUGCUGGUCGUCCUGGCGCGCCACCCAGCCGUGGAUAAGUUCGACCUUUCCAGUUUGGAGUACAUGGUCUCGGCUGCGGCGCCGCUGGGUGCAGACCUCGUCAGGCUUGUCAAGCAGAGGCUACUGUCGAAGCGGGCAGCUGGUGGAACUCUUUGGAUCAGCCAGGGCUACGGUCUCACUGAAACGACAACGGCGACACAUCUCGUUCCCUUUGACGCGCGGUCGGACGCAAAAGCCGGCAGCAUUGGCCCUCUCCUGCCGAAUCUGGAGGCCCGCAUCAUCUCGGAGAAUGGCGGUGGCGAUGCCCAACCUGGAGAGCGCGGCGAAUUGUGGAUCAGAGGCAAGACGAUCAUGAAGGGAUACCUGAACAACGUCAAGGCUACGGCUGAGACGACGGCUCCGGACGACUGGUUCAUGACGGGAGACAUUGCCUACCGGGACGAAGACGGAUUCUACUAUAUCGUUGACAGGAAGAAGGAGCUGAUCAAGUACAAGGGCUUCCAAGGUCUGUGUCCGUCAUGGGCUUUCGGUCUCGAAGCUUAUCCGAAGUUGCGGCCAGUUCCUCCAGCAGAGCUCGAAAGCGUGCUUUUGACACAUCCUGACAUCGCAGACGUCGCUGUUAUCGGUAUCGAAGAUUUGAAGGAGGCGACAGAGCUUCCUCGGGCAUAUGUCGUUCACGCUAGUCCCGAUUCUCUCCAAUCAGAUGCCGAGAAGGUAGAGUAUGCUCAAAACAUUGUCAAAUGGAUGCAGACCAAAGUCGCGAAACACAAGUUCCUGCGCGGAGGGGUGCGAGUGAUCGACAUCAUACCAAAGAGUGCGGCCGCCCCCGGAAAGCCGGAUGUUUUCCGAGACAUCACUCAGAAACCUCCUCCUUAUAACGGCUGGGGGUCUCUCUGUCCUCGCUCCGGCAUCCCCCCUCCACCACCUUCGGUCACUGCACGCUCACGAGUAGAAUCCAUGGCGCCGCCUCGCAUCUAUGAAUCGGGCUACUCCCCCGUCCCCAUCGUCAACACCUCGAUCUACACGCACCUCCUGGGAUCCCGCACGGCCUCAGGAGACGACGUCGGGGCAACCACGCUGACGCGAGGUGGUCUGAAGGAUCUCACGCUACGGCUCGCGUACGGGCUCAAACAUGUGUGCGGGGCGAAGAGGGGAGAUACGCUGCUGAUCUUUUCUCCGAACUCGUUGGCGUGGCCUGUCGUCCUAUACGGAGGCGUCGCGGCCGGCCUACGAUGCACGCUCGCGAAUAGCGGGUACACGCACCACGAGCUCGAGCACCAGUACAAGGACAGCCGAGCGAAGAUCGUCGUCUGCUCAGAGGAGACUGUGCCCGUCGCUCGAGAGAUGUUCUCGCUGCUGGGGCUCUCCGAGGCGGAGGCGGACACGAGGAUCGUGGUCAUGCCGCAACAGGACCUUAGCUGGGCAGGGGGGCCACAGGCACCCAAGCCCGCGAACUUGAAGAACCUGGUCUGGAUGCAGGAUCUCUUGGCGAAGGGCAAGCUGGCAAAGGAGGAAAAGUUCGACGGGCUUGGGGACGAGACGGUGUAUCUCUGCUAUAGUUCAGGGACUACGGGGAAGCCCAAGGGUGUCGAGACCACGCACCAGAACAUGACUUCCGUGGUCGACAUGACCAAAGGGUUCUUCCCUCUCCCUCCAGACGGCCAGACGCCUAUGAUCGCGAUCCUUCCGUUCUAUCAUAUCUUCGGGGCGUCGAAUAUCCUGAACGGCUCGUUGUCCUGUGCAACUCCGGUCGUCGUGAUGCAGCGCUUCGACCCGGAACUGUUCUGCGCCAACAUUGAACGAUACAGAGUCAUGUACUCGUUCGUUGUGCCCCCUGUUCUAGUCACGCUCGUGAGACACGAAGCUGUGGAUAGGUACGAUCUGAGUUCCUUGGAGUAUAUGCUGUCUGGUGCAGCUCCGCUCGGUGGCGAACUCGUUUCGAUGGUGGGCUCGAAAAACUGCCCUGUGUGCAUGAUCACUGAAAUCCGACAGGUCCGAAAGCGACUACUUGGGAAACGAAAGGCCGGAUCGAUAUUAUGGAUUACUCAGGGUUACGGUCUGACUGAGACGUCGCCCUCGACUCAUACGCUGGAGUACCAAGACUCCCUGCGCAAGAUCGGCAGCUGCGGCACUCUCCUCCCGAACUUGCAGGCUCGGCUGGUCGAAGAUGAGGAUGGAUUGGUCGACGCUGAAGAAGGCCAGCCAGGCGAGCUGUGGCUGAGAGGGAAGACCAUCAUGAAAGGAUACCUGAACAACGUGGCUUCGACUAAGCACUCCAUCACCCCCGACAAAUGGUUCAAGACCGGCGAUGUCGCUGUCCGGGACAAUGAGGGGUUCUUCUACAUCGUCGAUCGUAGAAAGGAGUUGAUCAAGUAUAAGGGCUUCCAAGUCCCGCCCGCCGAGCUUGAAGCCAUUCUGCUCUCGCACCCAGGUGUAGCCGAUGCGGCUGUGAUCGGCGUGGACGAUCCUGUCGAGGCCACAGAGCUCCCGCGGGCUUACGUUGUCCCCGCCGACCCCGCCAAAGUUUCAUCCAAGGCCGAGAAAGCUGCUUUCGAGGCAGCAGUAGCCCAAUGGAUCCAGACGAAAGUCGCGAAGCAUAAGUAUCUGAGAGGAGGGGUUGCUGUUAUCGAUCUCAUCCCAAAGAGUCCGGCUGGGAAGAUCCUCCGCCGGCAGCUUCGCGAGCUGGCGAAAGAGGAAGUCAAACGCGGCGAGAUCAAGUUCGCGACCAAGGCCAAGCUAUAAGGCCUGGUAUUGGGUGUUUAUAUCGUGCCCGGUGUAAAUUAUACUUGCCCUAUCUUAUCUACUCCCUGUAACUAUGCUAUCAUCAACGUACAAAGCUCAACCUUGAUCAAUCAAUCGAGCUGUGGCAUUUGGGUCGCGAGCGAGCAUGUGACCGCGUAGAAGAACAUAUCGCCACCACUUAGUCUGGGAACAUAGUGGAGUCAUGGAAGCAUGGAAGCUCCAUGGCAGUAGACAUCGAAGGACUUCAUCAUGGGAAAGGUCACAAAGACGCACAUGUAGCUUUCCAAGGUUCCGGAAUAUGCGACGACAUCAAACAGGCUCGAGGAUCAAGCAGUGCGUUUCAGUCCAGCGACUAGGCCGCACUGGACUCGUAGGCGAGGCGCGUCCGGCAGAAACUCAUUGCUGCGCGAGAAUGGAUCGGUGGG